AUGGUGUCCUUCAAGGCGCGUCGCAUGCAGCCGGAGCUGGUGUCACCGGCACGGCCGACGCCAUCCGAGACGAAAGCCCUCUCCGACCUGGACGACCAGCGGACGCUGCGGUACUACGAGACGGUGAUCGCCUUCUUCCGCAGCCGCCAUGGCUACACCAGCCACAGACAGCCAGAUGAUCCAGCCAAGGCCAUCAAGGCAGCGCUCGCGGAGGCGCUCGUGUACUACUACCCCAUCGCCGGGCGACUCAGGGAGGCCGCCGGUGGGAAGCUGGUGGUGGACUGCACGGCGCAGGGAGUGGUGUUUGUGGAGGCCGAUGCGGACGUGCGGCUGGAGGAGCUGGGCAAGCCUCUGCUGCCGCCGUACCCGUGUGUCGAGGAACUGCUGUGCGAUGCAGGUGAAACAAGAGCGGUGAUUGGCAAGCCAUUGGUCCUCAUGCAGGUGACGAGGCUCAAAUGUGGCGGAUUUGUUAUCGGAUUCCACAUGUGCCAUACCAUUGCAGAUGGAUUCGGUAUGGUUCAAUUCUUUAGAUGCGUUGCUGAACUAACUCGCGGUGAAAAAGUGCCCACAGUUUUGCCCGUAUGGAGAAGAGAGCUUCUAACACGGCCACACAAGUCGUCAUCGUCAUCUCCCACCACGCAUUCCAAUGGCUCAUCAUCAGAUUACAACAGUAAAUCUGACGACGUGAUGCUGUCAACUCCAAUGGACGACAUGGUAGUCCAGUACUUCCUCUUCGGGCCGAGGGAGAUAGCAACCCUACGAGGCCACCUCAGGGGGUACCAGCUUGCCGCCAGCUCCGCUACGUCCUUCGAGCUGCUAACCGCGGUCAUGUGGCGAUGCCGCACGAUAGCGUUGGGCUACGAGUCCCACCAACGCGUUCGCCUCAUGGUCACCAUGAACGCGCGCGGCAAGUGGAACCAGCACACGCUCAUCCCGUGGGGCUACUACGGGAACGCGCAUGUGUCUCCCAUAGCGGAGGCCACCGCCGGCGAGCUCUGCGGCCAGCCGCUCGCCCACACGGUUGAGCUCGUGCGCAGGACCAAGCUCAGCGUGACCAAGGAGUGUAUGGAGUCGAUGGUGGACACGAUCGCGUCGACGCGGCAGUGGCCGCCGCCGAUGAUGGACAGGAUCUACGAGGUCUCUGAUACCAAGUGGAUCGCCACGAAUGCGACGCAGUUUGGGUGGGCUGAGCUGGUGGGCGGUGGGAUACCACUGGCAGGUGACCUUACUUCGAAGCUGGGAAGCGACCACAUGAGAUGCAAGAACCAGGAUGGUGAGCACUCGACAAUUGUGUCCGUGCUUUUGCCGAAACCGGCGAUGGAGAAGUUUAGCAGUGAGCUGUCUGUUUGGUUGAUGAACAACAAGCAUGAUGAGAAGAACUUGGUUAUACUGAGUUCGCUCUAG